AACUGAUACUAAACGGCGGCAAAAGAUUUAAAUUCAAACAGCUUUGAACAUAAUUUGGGUGUAGUUUGGUGCUUUAGUACGUGUUCAUGGCUCGUUGCGCGAUCUGACAAGGAUGAGCAAAGAGAAUACAUCAUCCCGGUUACCAGUCAUGUCGAAGAGGCCUCUUUCCAGCACAACUGAUGGAGAGCAUCAACAGCCUGCACCGAAAAAGAUACGGAAAGUUGAGAUGAGCCUUCAGAAGUUCAAACCUUCUACUAUUGUGGUCCCUCCAAAGCGUCCUAGGCCAGCCACUGCAACCAAUAAGCUUCCUCUAUCCAGAGCAGCGACUGUGGUGGCAGCUCCCUCAAGAAGUGAUGCAAAAAAGCCAUCAGCACAUGCAGCAGCUGCUAAAGGAGCAUCCAAGAGACCUGGUUGGGACUUGAAGGGCAAAGUCACUGACUUGGAGAACAAAAUUCAAAAUUAUCAGAGCCGUUUGAAGUCUUUUAACCAAGAAAAUGAAGACCUUAAAGUGUCAAAGGCAGAAAUGCAAAAAAACAAGACACAGGCCCAAGAGGAGAACAAGCAUUUAAAACAGCAUAUUGGGGAUCUUGAAGAUAAACUAGCUAAUCUGGUAUCUGUGAAAGAAGAGCUAGAGAUAACUACUAAAGAAAAAGAUGGCCUGCAGAAAGAUCUAAAGAAGCUAACUGAUGAAAAUGGGAUCUUGGUCAAGUUAAGAGAUGACAUGACUACUGAAAUCUGCAAUAUACAGAGCCAGCUUUCUGUUCAGACGUCUGCUCUGGCCCACUGUCAGGAUGAGCUCAGAAUGUGUCAGGAUAUGGUAAAAAGCUUACAGGAAUUGGUGGCCAGGCAGCAGGAUGAGCUCCACUGUGGAGAAAUGGAACGCAGGAAACUCCAUAACACGAUUCAGGAGUUGAAGGGUAACAUUAGGGUUUUCUGCAGGGUACGUCCUUGCCUUCACAACAGGGAGGCAACCAUCCCACACAUUCAACUCCCUGCCAAUGACAACAAGGCUAUAACCCUUGCAAAAACGGAAGAGUCGCAUGUGGGACGUGCUGCAGAAACUCAGAAAAAUUACAUCUUUCACUUUGAUCGUGUGUUUGGGCCACACAGCACCCAGAGUGAGGUGUUUGAGGAGAUCUCUCUCCUGGUGCAGUCAGCUCUGGAUGGCUAUAACGUCUGCUGCUUUGCAUAUGGCCAGACUGGGAGUGGGAAAACCUUUACAAUGGAAGGUGAUGAUAUGGAGGACAUGAGGGGGGUCAUUCCACGAGCUGUUAAGCAGCUCUUCGAGUCUGCCCACAUGCUUCAUGAGCAAGGCUGGCAGUACAUCUUCACAGCAAGCUUUGUUGAAAUUUACAACGAAACCCUACGGGACUUGCUUUAUAAGGGCAAACCUAACAAGAGGCCAGAGUAUGAAAUCAAAAAGACCACAAAUAAUGACUUUACAGUCACCAAUUUGAAUUUCCAGAGGGUCACUACUGAGGAAGAGGUUUACAAGUUGAUCAUCUUGGCAAACCAAAACCGGUCCACUGCCCGAACAAACAUGAAUGAUUACUCCUCACGUUCCCAUUCCAUUUUCCGACUGGACAUUGAGGGAGAAAAUAUUGGGAGAGAUACAAAGUGCAAAUCCUCCCUUUGUUUGGUGGAUUUGGCUGGCAGUGAAAGGAUCCAGAAAAGUCAAUCUCAAGGAGAACGGUUUAAGGAAAUGACUGCCAUAAACUCUUCCCUCACCAAUUUGGGAAUUGUUAUCACUGCUUUAGCAAACAAGGAAAGCUUUGUGCCAUAUCGCAACUCCAAGCUUACCUACCUACUUCAGGGGUGCCUGGGUGGCAACAGCAAAACUUUGAUGUUUGUAAACAUUUCACCCGAAGAAGAGAGUUUUGGUGAAUCCCUUAAUUCUCUGCGCUUUGCCAGCAAGGUGAAUGACUGCGUGAUUGGAACGGCCACAGCCAAUAAGAAGUAGCCUUUUUCUCCCCGCUUUGGUCAUCUGAAGGCAUCGUUAUUUGCCUUGUAUACUCCUGCUUGUCUUGCAAUUUUAGUACAUUAGUUUCAGUUUAUUGGCUUUUUUUUUAAACUUACGAAUGAAUCCUUGAUCAAUGCAUUUAUUUUAAAACUUUUUGUUUGUACAUUUCACUGUUUCAAUUCUUUUAAGAAUAAUUAAAUGCAUGGUACAUGUACAUAAAAUAUGCUUGUUUUA